GGUCAUUACGAUUAUAUUUCUUCUCUCUCUUCCUCUGUCGUGGAUUAGAUUGAAUCGGAUUUUUUUCUUAAUCGCGUGAUCGACAGUCUCGGCAUUCGAAACAUCAAUUUCGAUCCUCUGCCGUAAGGUCUCGCAGAGAGGAAGGUUGAUUUGAUUUGUAUCUCUCGUGUGGGGCGUUUGACUGAGGCAUCUCUGAGGAAGAGGAGAUAGAGAGUGGGUCGAUAUAUUGAGCUACGUUCCUCACGAUGUCUUUUAAUAGACACGCCACGCAGUGCCGAAAGUGCAUUCUGUUAACUAGACAACUCACGGAUAGCGCGGCUGGCAAGGACACGGGUGGCAAUGUAACGAGCGUCACGGACAGAUUUCUGCGCGCAGUGAGCGACUUGAGAGCCAACAUGUCCAUGCAGAAUCAGUGGAAGCUGCUGUCGCAGUUGAGGGAUUACCUGAGCAAGGCGAACUACGACAAGAAUCAGCAUUUCGUCGUCACCAAGGAGUGGCUGGACAGCCUGCAGAAGCUGACCUUCUCGCAGCUCGAGACCAUACGGAAGUUGUCGUCGUCGGGAUCCACCGGGGCCGCCGACGCCGGCGGCAACUCGAGCGCGAAGCACAAAGACGGCGGUGACUUGGAGAGCGCGAAGCUGACGUUGCUGUCCGAGCAAGCGGAGUCGCUCACCGAUCCCGAUUUAAGAACCGUGCAGCCCAAGAGGCAACAGCAACUUCACGAGCAGGGUAUGCCCGAGUUGAAAGACGGCGCAACCGUGCUGCAAAUUCUCUCCACGUUGCUGCCCAAGUUGUCUCCCAGGACCACGCAGGGCGCCGUCGCCGUGCCGAAGUGGAAGAUAAAUGUCCACGGCAAUAUUCCGAAGCACAGCGUCGUCUCCCGCACGCGUCACGUCUUGAACAGCAUCGCGUCGGCCGAGUCGAACGCCUCGAAGCUGCGCCGGCUGGACGAUCUGUUGCUGCACGUCGAUCAGUAUCCCGAGGCGAGGCACUACGCGAUCAAAGAGGGUGCGAUUAAAAUCUUGCUGCGGACUCGCCAGGGGACCAAGGAUGAGCAGAUCAAAGCGUCCAUCAGAGAGGCGCUGGCUCUGAUGGGUUACAUCGACCCUCUGCCAGGCCGCGGUAUCAGAAUCCUGUCCAUCGACGGCGGCGGCAUUCGCGGAGUGUUGGUUAUAGAGAUGCUGAAGAAGCUGGAGCAACUCACGGGGAAGAAGACGUACGAGAUGUUCGAUUACAUAUGCGGCGUGAGCACGGGAGCCAUUCUCGCCGCUGUGUUAGUAUUGCCGAAGGAUGUCUUGGAAGGAGGACACAAGAGGAAGUCGUUGGACGAAGUUUUGGCAUUGUACAAGGAACUGAGUACCAAGGUAUUCACGCAGAGUGCUAUUAAAGGCACGAGCAGCCUGGUGUGGAGCCACGCGUAUUACGACACGGCGUUGUGGGAGAAAUUGUUGGCCGAGCACUUGGGCGACAAAAUUCUCAUCAAGACCACGCGCGACCCGAAUGCGCCGAAGUUUUCAGCCAUAUCCGCCGUGGUAAAUCACGAGCGCGUUAUGCCCUACGUGUUUAGAAAUUACACGUUGCCGUACAGAGUGGAGAGCCAGUACAUGGGGUCUCACAAGCACAAACUGUGGGAAGCCGUGAGAGCGUCGGCUGCCGCGCCGAGUUACUUCGAGGAAUUUAAAUACGGCGACUACCUUCAUCAGGACGGCGGUAUUCUGGUGAAUAAUCCGUGUGCCGUGGCGAUACACGAGGCCAAACAGCUGUGGCCGAAUAAUCCAAUCCAGUGCGUCGUGUCGUUCGGAACCGGUCGAAUCCCGCAUCACAGCGAGACCGAGACUGAGGUGGCGAUCUCGAGUUGGAGAGAGAAGUUUUUCAAAAUUUUGGACAGUGCCACCGAUACGGAAGCUGUACAUACGAUGCUCAACGAUCUGCUGCCCGAUCACAUUUACUUCAGAUUUAAUCCUUACUUGACGGAAAUGAUGUCGAUGGUGGAAAUCCGGCCCGAAAAGAUCAGCCUGAUGGAACAAGACGCGAGGAUGUACGUACGUCGAAACGAGGAGAAGUUUCAAAAGGCUGCUACGGCUCUGCUGGAGAAACGGCAGAUCCAGCAGAGAGUCGCGGAUUGGAUUGCGCUUCAAAAACAACUGUUCGGUUUAUAAACAGCGCCGCUUCGAAUAUCAAUGUGCAUUCCAUAACGCGAUCGGCGUUUGUGAAAAUCACACGAAUAUUUAUAGUGCAAUUUUUCGUACCUUCUACGCGCUGUGGCUACUAAUCUAAAACUUUUCGAACGAUAUCUUCUCGAUGAUGCCUUUUGCAGUAUAAUAGAAUAGUACAAUAGUCGUAUGUUUAAAAAAAUGUGUUACUAUGCUUUGCAUCGUUUGCUCGUAUUAGUAUUUUUUUUGUAACUUAUUAAACUUUUAUUUAAAACUAUUAGUUGUAAUAAGAUGACGUCUGUGUAAGCGAGGAAGUUACUUUAGAUUACGUGGGAUCAUUAUUAGUAUAGCAUUAUGACUGUGAUAUACUUUGUAGUACAAGAACAUGUUUAAGAUUAAUGGCAACUCUAUGUUGUACACAUUAUUCUAAAGCAAAAGUGUAAAAUCGUACAUCUUCAUAUCAUGUCAGGGCGGUAUGCGUAAUCCAAUUUUAUAUUCAAGAUCGUCUCAAUUCUGAUCAUGAAUAGUCUUAAUAUCAGACUCUUAUGGCCGAUUUUUUCACUUCCCGAUAAAAUUAUCCGGAGGUUAAUCUCAAGUUUUAGCCAAUCAUGUGCAUGGAUCUGGUAGUUGAUCUCCUGGUUAACUUUAACCGCAACAUAACUGGAUGUGAAGAAAUCGGGCAUUAGUAUAUCAGACUAUGGAUUGAGAGUGAAGUUUACUGAAUUUUACUCUGGUUGGUCAAAUUUCAGUUUAAUCUCAAUCCGUAGUCUGACAUGGGCUGAUACUUUCUUCAUCCAAUCAACAAAAUGAUCGAGUCUCGAUAUCGAAUUCUGAAUAUCGCCCGUAAAAAUAACUUAAUUGUGUAUGUGUUAAGUGUUUCACAUUUAUUUUUUCUCACUGUAAAUACGUGUGUGUAUGUAAAAUUUUCAAUAAAAACAUACCAACGGUGUAAAAAACUGAAUAAACAUUGAAAAGUUAAAGUAAGAAUUUUUCUUUUACUCU